AAACUUUAAAACCCAGAAGAUAAACGUGAAUCGUGUGUGUACAGGCGACAGUAGACAGUGUGUGUCAGACCCGCAGUUUAUUGUAGACGUGCAGUAUUGAUGUUUUACUUCUAUUGCAACACUAGUCACGUGAAUCUUUGGAGUACGGAUCAAGCGCGUGGCAUGAAGACACAAACUCUAUCGAUAUAUUGAACUCGUCGCCGCAUGUCGUCAUUAGUUUGAUACUGGAGUAGGAUGGGCUUUUACACCUGGCACUUUUUACCUUUGACCUUAAGCGAUUUAAAAGCUAGUAUUGGUGUUAUGUCUGUUUAAUUCAUAUCACAAUCUGGUUAAAAUUGAUAACAGGACGAUCGCGGAAUUUUUCAUAAUCUUUCCUGAUGUCGGACUGCAGCUCGUCGGGUUCAGAUGAGGAUUUGGACCCGGAGUCAGAGCUGCUGGACGAGCUCGGCGGCAAGCUCAGCAAGUGGACUAACUACAUUCAUGGAUGGCAGGACCGCUGGAUUGCGCUGAAGGGCAAUAUUCUCAGUUACUACAGGUCAGCAGAUGAGAAGGAGUUCGGCUGUAGAGGGUCCAUCUGUCUCAGCAAGGCUGUCAUCACGCCUCAUGAGUUUGAUGAAUGCCGGUUUGACAUCAGUGUGAACGACAGCAUCUGGUACCUGAGGGCCGAACAUCCUUUGCUCCGGCAGCAGUGGAUCGAUACCAUCGAACUUCACAAGGCUGAGUCAGGCUACGGGUCUGAGAGCAGUCUACGCCGCCAUGGCUCCCUACUGUCCCUCACCUCUGCCGCCAGUGGCCUCUCCACCACCUCCGCUUCCUCCUUCAAGAAGGGAUACAGUCUGCGGGAAAAGCUAGCAGAGAUGGAGACCUUCCGGGACAUUCUCUGCAGACAGGUGGACACUCUGCAGAGGUACUUUGACAACUGCGCCGAUACUGACAGUAAAGAUGAGCUUCACAGGGACAAAGUAUCCGAUGAUGACGAAGAUUUUCCAACCUUACGUCCAGAUGGAGAUUAUCUGCUUAACAACAACAGCAGUAAAGAGAAAUUAUUCCCUGUGGACAGCCUCAAAGCUUCCACAGGCAUCGAUUUCAAGGGUGAAGCCAUCACGUUUAAAGCCACUACGGCAGGAAUCCUGUCCACACUGUCCCACUGCAUCGACAUUUUGGUCAAAGGAGAGGAGAGCUGGCAGAGACGACUCGAUAAGGAAAUUGAUAGGAGAAGACGGGCUGAAGACGCCUACAAAGCUGCAUUGACAGAGCUGAAGAAGAAGCCUCAUUAUGGGGGACCAGACUAUGAAGAAGGACCAAACAGUCUGAUCAAUGAAGAGGAGUUCUUUGAUGCUGUGGAAGCUGCAUUGGAUAAACAUGACCAGAUCGAAGAGCAAUCCCAGGCAGAAAGGAGCAGGGCAUCUCGACAGAUCUCCCUCACUCCAGACACCUAUUCCUCCAUCAGCACUCAGAAAUACUUGACUAAGCCUCGCAGUCAAACUUCCUCCUUGUCCUCCUCUGUCGACCUCAUAAGUGCCUCAGAUGACGUGCACAGGUUCAGUGCCCAGGUUGAGGAGAUGGUGCACAGUCACAUGACAUAUUCUUUACAGGAUGUGGGUGGAGAUGCCAACUGGCAGCUGGUCAUUGAAGAAGGGGAUAUGAAGGUGUACAGGAGAGAGGUGGAGGAGAAUGGCAUUGUUCUAGAUCCUCUCAAAGCUACUCAUUCUGUCAGAGGGGUCACAGGUCACGAGGUCUGUCACUACUUUUGGGACACUGCAUAUCGGAACGAUUGGGAGACAACCGUUGAAAACUUUCAAGUGGUUGAGACACUUUCGGACAAAGCGGUCAUCAUUCAUCAGACACAUAAGAGAGUGUGGCCUGCCUCCCAGCGGGAUGUGCUUUAUGUAUCGGCUAUUCGUAAAAUUCACUCCACCAAUGACAAUGAUACAGAAACCUGUCUGGUGUGCAACUUCUCAGUGGAUCAUGACGGCUAUCCACCCUCUGCUAGAUGCAUUCGUGCCAAAAUCAAUGUAGCCAUGAUCUGUCAAACCAUAAUCAGCCCACCAGAGGGAGACAAAGGGAUCACCAGGGACAACAUCCUCUGUAAAAUCACAUAUGUAGCUAAUGUAAAUCCUGGUGGUUGGGCCCCUGCAUCAGUCUUGCGAGCCGUAGCCAAGAGAGAAUACCCCAAAUUUCUCAAACGCUUCACCUCGUAUGUUCAAGAGAAGACCAGCGGUGAAGAUAUCCUCUAUUGAACAACACCAGGUCGUUUAAUAUACAUUCCCAGAUUGCUUUCUGACUCACCAGAAUCACUCACGAUAAAGCGCUGCUCUGCCCAAGUGCUCUUGACACUCUUCAGAGACCUUUUUCAAACCGUAUCCAUACAGACUGAACAACAGUGGUACACCAACACCAAAAAUUGUUCAAUGUCUGUAAAAAAAAAAAAAAAAAAAAAAGCACCUUUGAAAAGUCAAACACACUAGAAUAACCAACACAGUCUGGUCAUCCUCAAAAGGCCUUCUUUUUUUCGUAAAUGAGCUGCAGUUCAGGUUGUUAAAGUGUUUUACAUUUUUGUAAAUAUUUAAUCAUAGUUUGAGGUCUGACUAUGGUAUUGAUUAAAUAUAUAUAUAUACUGUAAGCUUGAUGCCUUGAUUUAUAUGAUUCUCACUGGCCUUGUCCAAUUGCCAUUUGUCUUAGGAAGACCCUUUCUAUCCUCAUGAUCAAGAGGAUGUCAGACUUCAGUCUUAAGAUCUAUUGUACAGUUAGUGUCUGAAUGUUUAACAUUAUUUACACGUGAAGGCAUUACACAUUUUGAUUAUUGUAAUUCAUAAAUGUGUCUGUUGGCAAAUUGUACGUUUAAUGGGAACUACUUGUAUAAAACAGUAAUCUUGAAAAGUAGAGGGUAUUUUGGUAGGUCUGUAAAAAGUUGGUUGUGAUUUUGUAUAUGAUCGCUUUUCCCUUUUCUUUUUGUCUUUUUUUUUUUUAAGUUUAGUUUUGUUUUGUUUUUUAAUUUCUAGAAGUUUCAAUAAUAAUUUCUGCAGGUAGGUGGCACUUUGUUUUACAAAUGCCUGUGUUUGGACCCUAUAACGGCAGUUUCAUCAAUGUCAUUCCAGUUUUUCUUUAAUCAGUUGGUUCAUUAUUACAUGUCGGUCUUCCAUCUAUUCAAUUUAUGUGGAAUUACUUCAGCUGUGCCAACUAUUCUUGUGGAAAAAGUGGGAACUGCAAUCGUAAUUCACAGUUUUAUGUCACUUAUUGGUCUAAUUCAUUGUAUGGAAGAAUUAAAGGGAUGGUUCACCCAAAAAUGAAAAUUCUGUAAUCAUUUACUCACCUUCAGGUUGUUCCAAACCUGUAUACAUUUUUUUUUUUUUGUUGAACACAAAUGAAAAUAUUUUAAAGAAUGUGGGAAACUGAACAGUUUUGGGGCACCAUUGACUUCCAUAAUAUUUUUUUUCCUACUAUGGAAGUCAAUGGCGGCCUUCUUGCAAACUUUCUUCAGAAUAUUUUUCUUUGUGUUCAACAGAAAAAAGACAUUUUUACAGGUUUGGAACAACUUGAGGAUGAGUAAAUGAUGACAGAAUUUUCAUUUUUGGGUGAACUAUCCCUUUAAUGAACCAGGCACAUUUUCAGCUGUCACUAGACUUAAAGGAGUAGUUUACCCAAAAAUUUAUAUCAUUUACUCAUUGUCAUGUCAUUCCAAAUCUGAAUGACUUUUAUUAUUAUUAUUAUUAUUCUGUAGAACACAAAAGAAGGUAUUUUGAGAAAUGGUAACCAAAUCAGUUUGGUUACCAACAUUAUUCAAAAUAUCUUCUUUUGUGUUCAACAGUACAAAGAAAGUUGGGAAGAACAAGCGAGUAAAUAAACGAUGACAGAAUUAAAAUUUUUGGGUGAGCUGUUGCUUUAAUAAUGGCUUCAAAGUCAUAAUUUCUUGGAUGAGAAAUGAAAUGCAUACAUACAUAAGGCAAAUCCGUUUAUUCAUUUAUGCAUCUCACUGUUUUUUCAAAGUUUUGCUGAAGUUUGUCAGUAACAUUGUUUCUACUAAACAAUAUAUUUGUUUUUGUUUUAAAAUCUUAUUAUUUUUCCAUACUAAUACUUUAAUGCAUGCAAAUGAUCAAAUCGUUGAAUCAUCACCCUCCUGCCGACACAGAUUUGCUGCUGCAGUGCUGCUUAAAUCAUUUUUAUUUAGUUGGAUGGUGUGAAACACAUUGUUCAUGACAGCAAGAACAAGAAACUAAGAAAAAAUCCUUCUGAUUUCAUUUUGACAUUGAAUACAAAUGUUGAUUGCUUUUUGAAAAAGGUUUUGUAAAUGACUUCUUUCUAUAUACUGUAUAUGUUAUAUCACCAACUUAUUAAUGAAGACAAAUUUUAUGUAACAAAAGCAAAACUUUUGUUUUGUUUUUAUUUUACAUUUUUUAUUUCAUGUUGUAUUUGUUACAGCGUAUGAUUUAAGUAAUAUCAAUUAACUACAUGUACUUGCUAUAGGGUAUUAGGGUUCGGUUUAGAGUUAGUUGCACGUAAAUAUGCAUAAUAUAGCUACUACAGUAACUACAUUUAACAAGGGCACUGUAAAUUAAAGUGUUGCUGCCGAUA